CAAAAUCUGUCUGUCUCCUCGCCCCGCCCCCGCUUACUCCCGCCCCGCCCCGCACCCGCUUACUCCCGCCCCGCCCCCGCUUACUCCCGCCCCGCCCCGCACCCGCUUACUCCCGCCCCGCCCCCGCUUACUCCCGCCCCGCCCCGCCCCCGCUUACUCCCGCCCCGCCCCGCCCCCGCUUACUCCCGCCCCGCCCCCGCUUACUCCCGCCCCGCCCCCGCUUACUCCCGCCCCGCCCCCGCUUACUCCCGCCCCGCCCCCGCUUACUCCCACCCCGCCCCCGCUUACUCCCGCCCCGCCCCCGCUUACUCCUGCCCCGCCCCCGCUUACUCCCGCCCCGCCCCCGCUUACUCCCGCCCCGCCCCCGCUUACUCCCGCCCCGCCCCCGCUUACUCCCACCCCGCCCCCGCUUACUCCCGCCCCGCCCCCGCUUACUCCCGCCCCGCCCCCGCUUACUCCCGCCCCGCCCCCGCUUACUCCCGCCCCGCCCCCGCUUACUCCCGCCCCGCCCCCGCUUACUCCCGCCCCGCCCCCGCUUACUCCCGCCCCGCCCCCGCUUACUCCCGCCCCGCCCCCGCUUACUCCCACCCCGCCCCCGCUUACUCCCGCCCCGCCCCCGCUUACUCCCGCCCCGCCCCCGCUUACUCCCGCCCCGCCCCCGCUUACUCCCGCCCCGCCCCCGCUUACUCCCGCCCCGCCCCCGCUUACUCCCGCCCCGCCCCCGCUUACUCCCGCCCCGCCCCCGCUUACUCCCGCCCCGCCCACACCUCACACUAA